AUGAAAUUUCUUUUGCUUACUGUUGUAAUUUGCCUUAUCUACGCUGUGGCUGCUUCACCGUUAAUUGAAGGAGAAGAGGGGGAGGACCAAGAUGCGUUCCAGAGAAUAGCAGCUGUUCCUACAGUCCAUGCUGUGAUGGACUUACAUGUUCCAACG